GAUUUCUAAACCAAGUAUUGUGUCAAAUGGAAAUGCAUACAGUCUUAUUUUUCGCUCAGAAUGUGUAUACUGUUCUUUAGUAUUAGCUUAAUGCGCUAACUCUGUAUUGCAUAUUCGCUUGAAGUCAAACUUGACAGGAGAGUGAUAAGUCAGCCACCAAGGAGAGUAGAGAGCAGACGAAGACCCAGAGAGGCCGAUGGAAAGAUGGCCGACUCGAUGAAAUAUGUGAAGCUGAAGCGGAGUGAAACGUGUGGCUUUGGGUUCUCUAUCCUCGGAGGAGCCGGCUCGGAACUCCCACCGAUCAUAUAUGACAUCAUUGAGGGCUCUCCGGCUGCUAAUUCUUGCCAGUUAGCCCCAGGUGACAUCAUAUGGGAGGUGAAUGGUCAAGAAGUGAUCACAUUCACCACAAAAGAAGUCCUUAAUUGCCUGCGUUUAUCGGCUUCAGAAGUGACGCUAAAAUUAAAAACUGCAGAUGCAGGGAUUCAGCAGCGAGUGCAGCAGUACUUGGCUACUCCAAACAACUCUGAUGUGUUGCGAACUGCCAUAACCCGAGAUGAUUUGCAAGGGGUAAGACACAUCAAGGCCAAGAAAUCAUCGAGCCGAACACCGCCAGAGCAAUCAUCAUCCACACCUCCAUCUCUCCCCAGCCCUACGCUUUCAGAUGCCUCAGACCGUGCGACCAUCAGCCAUGGCUCAAACCACACGGCGUCUGAGAAUGGUAUACACGUGAAAGAUAGAACUACAACGGAAAAUGAGCGCAACAAGCAGAAGCCCAAAAAUGAAGCAUACUUGAUGACAGGUGAUCUGAUCUUGAAUCUCUCACGGACUUCCCACGAUCCCAGUUGGCUUCCGCAGCAGAGAACUGUUGAUGAUUUAAGAAAGUCAGGUAGCUGUAGUGUCCCUACGAGUCCUAAUGAAAUAUACUUAGGUGGUGGCAGGCUAGCCAAGCAUGAAGUGGGAAGUCCGCAGAGUUUGUGUUCGCCGGUCUCAGCUGACAGUAAUCCUAGCGGUGUGCAAUUUACUUAUCCCCCAACUAGCACGGCAGUGAGAAUAUCCAAGUCUGAGGACCAUUUACAGUAUCAGAAGGAUAAUAUGUGUGCUGUUAACAUAGAGCUUGAUGAUGAUGUUACGUCUUCACUAAACACGCUGCUAGAUACCCGUGAUGACCCCAGUAAUUCCCCUGUCCCCAGUGAGGAGUGUGAUCAUCGCAUUGUGUGGACAUUCAAUGCCCCAACUUCCCCAGGUAGUGUUCAUUCAAGUCAUGACUCUGAUAGCCCAUUGAUUCGGUCACCCUCCCCUACUUCCCCCCAGUCUCCCACCUCCUCCAUGCAGUACUCAUGUAGUGGAGUGUACGAUAAAAUGUGUAGUGGCCGGGAUUCCUUAGGCAGCUCUAACCGAUCAGAGAAUGUGUGCUCUAAUAGCUCUAGCCUAACUAGUCCGGACACUGAUGUGCCUGAUGAACUUGAGUGGGACGAUACAACGCCAACAUUACAAAUCCCUUCUGCUCAUGCCAACGGUUUUGGUGCCAAAGAUUUACUUCCUAAUGGACAUAAUAUGGGGGGUGUAAUGACAACUGAAAGUAGAAGUCUAGUCACUGAUAAAGCCAAAGUAAGGAAACAGGAUGAAAAUCGCAUUGUGAUACGAGUGGAAGGCCCUGACAUGAACAGCUCAAGAAGAAGACCAACGCAGUUAAGCCGAGGCGAUGAGCAGAUACAUCAUGACCCACAGGACAGUUAUGAUGCAUCGUGUGACCCCGACCUGACCCCAACUAACACAAGGCCUCCCACACCUGGGUCAGGCACUCUGUCCCCAGAUACCCUUGCCUACCAGGAGUUGCGUGAAUCUGAGGAUGAAAUUACCUGUCUUUCAGAAGAGGAUGCAGGCAAGACCUCCAUUCGCACCUCAAGUACUACUUCCCCUCCUCUCAGUGAGGAUGAAUCAGAUAUUGACUCCCUACACAGCUUCCACUACAGUCCUAAGGCGGUAGACAUCCCAUCUGCAGUCCGGCUGGCCAAGAGGCUGAUCUCCCUUGACGGCUUCAAGAAAUCAGAUGUAUCUCGCCAUCUGUCCAAAAACAAUGAAUUCAGUCGGGCAGUUGCAGAAGAAUAUCUGAACUAUUUUGAUUUCCGGGGUGACACCCUGGAUAAAGCCCUUCGGAAAUUCCUUGACAAAUUCUGCCUAACUGGUGAGACGCAAGAGAGAGAGCGUGUGUUAGUCCAUUUCUCCAGGAGAUAUCUUGACUGCAACCCAGGCACUUUCAACUCCCAAGAUGCUGUUCACACCCUCACUUGUGCUUUGAUGCUAUUGAACACCGACUUGCAUGGGCAAAGUGUAGGGCGGAAGAUGACUUGCAAUGAAUUCAUCGACAACCUCGCAGAUUUGAAUGAUGGAGAGAAUUUUCCCAGAGAAGUGCUCAAGUCCCUCUACCAAGCCAUGCGAAGCCAGCCUUUGCAGUGGGCUACAGAUGACGAUGUUGACACUGAAGGCACUGGGACAUCGAAGACAGGCAGUUCAAGUGGUGAUUCUCAGGGCGUAGUUGUUGGGAGUAACCCAUUCUUAUCUCCACCUACGGGCAAUGGCAUUGUCUACAAAAAGGGCUACAUUAUGCGAAAAUGCUGCACAGACCCAAAUGGAAAAAAGACUGCAUUUGGGAAACGAUCAUGGAAGAUGUGGUUCUGCGUUGUUCAAGACUUGGUGUUAUAUCUACACAAAGAUGAACAAGGUGCGAGACGCGGCCCACAGCAUGCUCAGUUAGGGCACAAUGCCAUCCGACUACAUCAUGCUCUUGCAACUAGAGCUCACGAUUAUUCUAAGAAAGAACAUGUAUUCCGAUUACAAACUGCCGAUCAAGCAGAAUAUUUACUACAAACUAGUGAUAGCAAAGAACUCCAAGCCUGGAUAGACACAAUCAACUUAGUGGCAGCUAGCUUGUCUGCCCCACCUCUUCCAGGGGCAGUUGGGUCCCAGCGCAAGUUCCAGCGACCUCUCCUACCUUGCAGCAUCACCAAACUAAACUUGACGGAACAAUUGGAGGACCACACGGAGAGGUUAGCUCAACUAGAACGUGAGUUGGAGGACCACAAGGCUCAUCCACCAGAAAAAACAUCAAGAGCUGCCACUGCUUCUAAUUACCGUGAGAAGGAAGCAUACCUUAAUAGUGAGGUGAAGAGAUAUAGGACAUACGUAUAUCUUCUCCGAUCCCGUUUGACAUCGCAGCAGUCUGGCCAGCAAGGAACAAAUGCUGGAAUAGAUGUUGGAGAUCUGCCAGUGUUUGAAGCCCGGCCAGCAGGGGAGGGGGCAGAAGGGGGGGAACGUGGGGCCCGGGUAGUACCACCACCCAUCCCUGAGCGGGCACGGCCUGGUGACAGGUACAGUUACCAGCAGGCAGUCCACCAUAAUGCCUUUCUCUGACCCACUACUGUGUGCUGUGCUGACUACCACCAACUCACUGAAUUCUCACACCCUCACCACCCCAUCACACCAUACCUCACCCUAGCCUCAUCUGCCUCAUGAUUGUAGGGGCAUCAAGAAAUUGUUUUAAUUCUGCUUUGGCUUAACAGGUCAAUUGCACCUAUUACAGACAAAGAAGGGUUGCCUUGAAAGCAUUCUGGGUAAGCCUUAAACUGCCACUGAUCCUGAAAUAGCAUCCCUCCCCAGCCAGUUCUUACAUUAUUCGCAUGGCUAUCCUAAACAGUUCAUUUUGUAUUCAAUUGUAUAAAUGGCUUUGUUUUCUUCUUCUUCUUUUUAAUAUUCAUUUAAAUGUUUUUAGCAUCUGAUUUUUUCACUGCUCAGAUCCAAACUCAUUGUAUAAAUUUGCUCUUUUGAUUUGAGGUAUGGUGUAGGGCACUGGGGCUGAAGUAUUUGUGUCUUUGGGUGCGUGAAUCUCCAGACUGCCUUAAACCCCUUUUGGGACGGGGGCAGUGUCGGCAAGAGAGCUUUACAGAACAGCGUGAUUGUGUUUUAGCAGUCAUUCUGAGUCAUUCAAGGAGCUCCCCCUCUUGUGUUGUAUAUUUUUGACUUCACUUUCAUUAUUGUUAUUAUUAUUUAUUUUCCUUCUCAUUUGACAGUAAAAGAAAAAAAUGUUUUUUGUGUUCUAAAAUGGGGGCUGUCCUUACUUGAAACAGUGUGAAGGUUUUGUUGUUUUGUUAAAGGUGACCAGUUUUAUGGGUGUGUUCAACGUUGCUUGUAAUAUAUAUGGCAUUGAUAGAAUGAUAAUUCCUUCAAAAUUAGUAUUUGAUUUUUUGAAAUAAAUAAACCAAAGAGCCCUGAAGCAAUCAAGAUAUGGCAGCAUAGAUAAUGUUAAUAUCUAAUUACUUUGUUUUAAUGAUUAUUGUAAUUGUUAUUGUUUAAAAAAAAGGGUAGAUUGCACUUUUUAUAAGGCUCACAAUAAUUAAAAGGCAAUCAAAUUCUUUGGAUAAUGAAACUCUGGUGCUUUGUGAUAUUUUUUUGUGCAGCUAGAUUUUUUCUUCAACUUUAUAGCAUCCGUGACCUGAUUUAAAGAAUGGUAUUCAACUUGAAGCUUUUCUUUCUCUUCUUCCAGAUAUUUAAUUAUCUUCAAUAAUUUUGAGAGUUAUUCUAUAGUAAUUUUAAGGCUCUGUCUGUGUGUGUGUGUGUGUGUGUGUGUGUGUGUGUGUGUGUGUGUGUGUGUGUGUGUGUG